AUGAAGUUCACACUCACACGCCGGUGCUUGGUACUCUUCAUCUUUCUAAAUCACCCAACCCCGAUUCUUCCUGCCACUUCAAAUAACACCUAUCCUCCCAAUAUGGAGUCCGAGCCAUUUCUGUACGUCCUAGGACGAAAGAAAAUGUCGGAUGCGCAGUACAAAUGCUAUGACCGCAUGCAGCAGUUACCCCCAUACCAAGGAGAAGGUCCGUAUUGCAACCGCACGUGGGAUGGAUGGCUGUGCUGGGAUGAUACACCAGCUGGAGUACUGUCCCAGCAGUACUGCCCAGAUUAUUUUCCAGACUUUGAUCCAACAGAAAAGGUUACAAAAUACUGUGAUGAGAACGGGGAUUGGUAUAAACAUCCUGAGAACAAUCGAACCUGGUCCAACUAUACUAUGUGUAAUGCUUUCACUCCUGAGAAACUGAAGAAUGCAUACGUUCUGUACUACUUGGCUAUUGUGGGCCAUUCUUUGUCGAUUUUCACCUUGGUGAUUUCGCUGGGGAUUUUCGUGUUUUUCAAGAAAGCGACAACUAUAAUUGCAUUUUCUUUUGAUCUGAAAUUUAGAAAAGCAUUGAGCCUUGGCUGCCAGAGGGUGACUCUGCACAAGAACAUGUUUCUGACUUACAUUCUGAAUUCUAUGAUUAUCAUCAUCCACCUAGUUGAAGUCGUACCCAAUGGAGAGCUUGUGAGAAGGGAUCCACUGAGCUGCAAGAUUUUGCAUUUCUUUCACCAGUACAUGAUGGCAUGCAAUUAUUUCUGGAUGCUCUGUGAAGGAAUCUAUCUGCACACACUCAUCGUGGUGGCCGUGUUCACUGAGGAGCAGCACCUGCGGUGGUAUUAUCUCUUGGGCUGGGGGUUCCCGCUGGUGCCAACCACUAUCCAUGCGAUUACUAGGGCGCUGUACUUCAAUGACAACUGCUGGCUCAGUGUGGAAACCCAUUUGCUUUACAUCAUCCACGGCCCCGUCAUGGCAGCGCUGGUGGUCAAUUUCUUCUUCCUGCUCAACAUCGUCCGGGUGCUCGUGAGCAAGAUGAGGGAGACCCAGGAGGCGGAAUCGCACAUGUACCUGAAGGCAGUGAGGGCCACUCUGAUCCUGGUGCCCCUGCUGGGAAUCCAGUUCGUCGUCUUUCCCUGGAGGCCUUCCAACAAAAUGCUUGGGAAGAUAUAUGAUUACCUGAUGCACUCUCUGAUUCAUUUCCAGGGAUUCUUCGUCGCCGUGAUCUACUGCUUCUGCAACAACGAGGUCCAAACCACCGUGAAGCGCCAAUGGGCCCAGUUUAAAACCCAGUGGGACCAGCGCUGGGGGCGAAGGAACCCCCGCCGCCGCCCGGCCGCCGCCGCCGCUGCCGCCGCCGCUGCUGAAGCCGGGGACAUCCCGGUUUACAUCUGCCAUCAGGAGCCGAGGAACGAAGCCGCCAACAACCUGGGCGAGGAGGGUGCCGAGGUCAUUGCUUUGGAAAUCAUUGAGCAAGAGUCAUCCGCUUGA